CUCCCGGGGUCCUGUCAUGGCGGCGGAAGCCGGUGGAGGGGAACCUUUGGUGAAGUUCGUUAAGCUGAGCGGGAGAGCGGCAGGCUCUAAGAAGAAGGUACGCUGGUUUCCAGUUAGGCGACUCUUCACUCACUCCUGUCCCAGCCUCAGGAUUCCUAGCAGGUUUUUAAGAGAAGGUCGGAGAUCUCCCCCAGCAAGGAGUGGUCACCGAUGUGUGGCAGACAAUACUAACCUUUAUGUGUUUGGCGGUUACAACCCAGACUAUGAUGAGUCUGGAGGGCCAGAAAAUGAAGACUACCCUCUAUUUAGAGAACUCUGGAGAUAUCAUUUUGCUACAGGCAUGUGGCAUCAGAUGGGCACAGACGGUCACAUGCCAAGGGAGUUGGCAUCUAUGUCGUUGGUUUUACAUGGUCACAAUCUUCUGGUGUUUGGAGGUACUGGAAUCCCAUUUGGAGAAAGCAAUGGUAAUGAUGUCUAUGUCUGCAAUGUGAGGUACAAAAGGUGGUCAAAGCUAAACUGCAGAGGCAAGAAACCCAACCGCAUCUAUGGGCAGGCAAUGGCAAUUAUACAUGGCUUUCUGUAUGUAUUUGGAGGAACCACUGGUUACAUAUACAGUACAGAUCUACACCGACUUGAUCUUUCAACCAGAGAAUGGAUUCAACUAAGGCCAAACAACCCCCCUUGUGAUUUACCAGAGGAGAGGUACAGACAUGAGAUUGCACAUGAUGGACAAAGGAUAUAUGUUUUGGGUGGAGGCACAUCUUGGACAGCUUACUCAUUAGAGAAGAUCCAUGCCUACAACUUUGAAACAAACACCUGGGAGGAUAUUCCCACUAAGCCACAUGGCAAUCUAGGUUUUCCAGCAGCCAGAAGAUGCCACAGCUGUGUCCAAAUAAAAAAUGAAGUGUUCAUCUGUGGAGGCUAUAAUGGCUUGGUUAUCUUGGGAGAUCUGUGGAAGCUGAAUUUGCAGACGUUUCAGUGGACAAAGCUUCCUGCCCUCAUGCCUGAACCUGCUUAUUUCCAUUGUGCAGCAGUGACCCCGGCUGGCUGCAUGUAUAUUCAUGGAGGUGUUGUCAACAUUCAACAAAACAAAAGAACUGGAUCUUUGUUUAAAAUUUGGCUGACAGUGCCAAGUCUGCUGGAACUUUGCUGGGAAAACCUGCUAAAAUAUUUCCCUCAGCUUUGCCAGCUACCCACACACCAGCUCCUUCAGCUUGGACUAUCACAGGAGCUCAUCGAAAGAUUAAAAUGAUGCCCCCGUCUAUACACAUCCAUCUUGCUCCCAACUACAGUUCAGCUAAGCAAUGGUAGAAUCCCUGGAAAGGAGCAUGCUGCUGGCAAGAACAUCAGUGGCCUUUAAUUUGUUUCAUAUUUAGGAAAACCAGCACAUUUGUCAGUGGUAUUUACCCAACUGCCUAUACUGGACAAGGCAUGGAAACUUUUAAGACUAUUUAUUCUUGUGCUUUUAUGUUAUUUAUUACUUUUUUUUCCGGAGAUUAACAUUUUCUUCACUCUGGAUUUCUGUCCUGCAUCCCUAGGGAAACUAUCCCCUCUUUUUUGGCAUAAGCUUUUUCAAUUGGGCUUAUGUAGAAAAGGUUCAUAAACAAUAUGAGGUUCCAGAAAUAAGUAUAAAAAACCUGAUUCCACAGGUUGAAAGAAAACCAUGAUACUUAUAGACCCUUUCCCACAAUCCCUUAGGUUCACAGUAUAAUGCAACCACUCUAUGGUGAAGUGAUGGAUUCUAGGCCUUGAACUCCCUCUGCUUUCCAUAGAAAAUGUUCAAGUUCCAGAAUCCACCACUUCACAAUGGAACAAGGGGAGAGACGGUUGCAUUACCCUGUGAGCCUAAGGGGGAUGGGAUAAUGGUUUUCUUUCAAUCUGCAGAAUCAGGUCUGUCUGUGUAACAAAACAAAAUAUUAUUUAGUUUUAGAAGAGCAGAUUGUUUUAAUGCAACUUUUCUACUUAAGCCCAAGUGAAAGAGCUCAUGUCACAAAUAUUUCAAACUGAAGUUGUAGCUGUGACUGUAUGAACCAACCGCUGCUUGUCAUUGGUUAAUGAUGCAACACAACAGGCUGAUAUUGUACAGUAGAAAAUCUAUGCUUGUCUCAAUGCUGAAGAGCUACAUGAAUGUCCCAAACUACUUCUAGUAGACUUAAAAGGAAUAUGUUUGUUUUCUAAAGGAAUCAAACACAAUCAAGCACCAAAUCGACAUAAGCCGGCUUUUUAAAGUGGACAUAUACUUUGAGUACUUUUUUUUUUUUCCUCCGUGCAUCUUUUUUAGACUUCAUAAUAUUUGCAGUUUUGUACUGCUAUUAACAUAAUGAGUUACAAAAGCAUCUUCUGCUCCUCUGUCAGGGCGGGGGGCUGGAGAGUGUCAAAAGCUUAAGUUAUUGAUGCAGGAAGUAUCUCCUGAGUCUUUUCUGCUCCAUUCUAUCAUUACAUUGUUAUGAGAAGGAAAACAUUAGGAGCCUCUUCCAGUAUCUUUAACUUUAUCCUCUGCCCAAACAGAAGAGCUGUGGCUGCUCCUCUAACACAUUCAUGAGAUCAACAGCCAUAAAUCAAUUGCUGCAAACGUACGAAGUGCUCCCAAGCAGCUGUACAAUGAUAUGGGCAGGGUUAUAUUUGUGCCAUUAGAAUGUAGUGUCUGUGUUACAGCCUGGGCUUUAUACCCAAACAUUCUGGCUGUGCUGCCUCAUUACUAUUUUUUAAUAACUGAACACAAAAGAUUUUAGUGCCUUUUUAGUUUAUCAUCAACAUAAUCCAUGACUGGCUCAAUGGGCUGAGCAAUAAUAUCUUGUUAAGGGGGAUCCAAAUCAUUUAUUGUCCAAUUCUUUGCAGCUUCUUGUAACUGAUAGAAAGAGACUCACAUCAUGUGGCCAAAGCAUUUCCCCUGGAUUCCAUUGUACAAUAUGGGGCCCUUUGUUGCAUUGAGUGUAGAUGGAGUGUCAGGGUUAGGACAUGUUGGACAAAGAACUAUAAAGAUGCCUGACCAUUUGUUUUGCAUUUUCUACCUUGUAAUGUCACCACAUAGUGCCGGCCACUAUUUCUAGCCUUUUGUUUUCAUGGCUGGAUUUAAAGCUGUAUUCUCUGAUUUUGCUUCUUAUUGCUGCUGCUGCUGCAACGAGUCUGUGAAGCCAUUGUCAUUUUUAAAACCAUUGUUUCUUAGAUAAAGGGGAAGUUCACCUUGAGUUGCAAUUUUAAAAAGCUCGAUGUAGGGUCACACGGAUAUUUUGUAAUGUUCUUUUUAAUACCAUGGGUUUUUGUUUUUUGAAAAUGUAAUUGAAUAGACACUCUAACGAUUGCUCCUCCUAUUACUCUAGAGAGUAAAGAUUUUUAUAUUUCCCAAACGGAUUCUGAAUUUCCUUCUGCCAAUGCCAUGUGCUCCCUCAGAUGAGAAGUUUGUAGUGUGUAGACCAUGUGUAAUUGGGAGGUCAUCUCUUUUAAAGCUUCUAAAUGGACUUUCACAUUUAAUUUGCUCUCUGGGCAUGGAAUGUUUAAGCAGAAGAAGGACUCUCAGCUGAAAAUGACAUCUUUAAAUUCAUUUUAAUGCCAAACCUUUCAGUGUCUUUCUGGUUGCCAGGGUGACCUAUUAUAGCAACUAAAUUUCCCUUGAGUACAUACAGCUUCUCUUGCUAAUAAAUGCCUCUCUCAAAUGUCCGUUCAAUCGAAGCUUCUCUAUACCUUUCCCAAAUAUACAAUUUGUUCCUGAAGCUUUAACUGGAUCAUAAAUUACAUUGUACAGGCACUUGAGACCCAACUGCCAUCUGUCUGCAGUCUAACUCUGCUUGUGCCCAAUAGCGGCUCUUUGGGGCAUCACAAGGGGCUGGAAAUGCAACUUGGUGCUACUCAAUGGGAUUAGGUUUUAGAAAAACCAAUCAUUCAUAUUCACAACAAAUAAUGGGCAGUGCUAGGUUUUUGGAUUCACUCUACGGCACAAUAAAAAAAAAAGCAUCUCUAAAAGGUAAACUUCCCCUUUAAGAAGUGUUCUUAUCUGAAAUGCAUGAAGCUGUGCUACUUUUAUUUCUGCACUUAGGGCUAAAUACUGGGGAGAGCUGCUGCUGCUUCUUGUUUUUUCUUUUCAAAAUGAAACAAAUGCUGAGAUUGUGACGUCUCGUUAUUGCUCAUAGAUUUCAACAUUAAUGUUAUUGUACUGAGACCAGACUGUGCCGUCCAGUUAAUUCAGUGUGAAACGCGCUGCUCUACACUGGAACACAUGACUGACACAACUGCAACAAAUCUGAUUCCCUCCGCAUGGUGUACAAAUAUGUGAUAACUUGUCUCGUGGCUUUUCCUUUUGAAUGCUGUACUUUUAUUGUAAAACCAAUGAAGUGCAAUAUUUUAUUUUUACUCCAUGUAUUGUCGCUUUUUUUUUUUCCUGAUUAAAACUGUAUUAAAUGAUUUUUAUUUUCAUGCAAA